CUAACAAGAAAGAUGAAAGACAGAGACCUAAUCGUUUUCCUCUUGUGCAUAAUUGCAUGGCGUUAUGACAUCGGAGUCCCACUUGCCAAAGCAAUGCAGCCUUUCCUGUCAUGCCAUUUAGCAAAAUAUACAAUAUACCAAUCCCUUCCCACAAAAUGAAAGGUGUUUUGUGCCCAGUGUGCGACCCUCUGUAUAUAAAGCAGUGUCUGGCAACAGUUGGGAGGGUCUCAUGCUCGUCCCGGUACCAGUUACUGGCGGACUGCUGUGCCAGGCGUAGCCUACUGGUGACUCUGGUAGCCGAGAGCAUGAGGCAGACUCCACUAGCUACCUCACAAGUGUUCUCGUAACUGCCUCAUUGCAUGUGUCGCCUCAUACACCACCCAAGGCAGCUGCCGAUCGUUUCCUUACCAAGUGCCAUAUAAACAUGUGUUCGGCGAGUGUAGUCUGAAAGCAGGUUUAAAAAUCAACUCCCAUAGUGGUUCAUAAGUGUGCAACGCUCAGUGGAAAAUGUGCCAGUGUGUCAGUGGUGUUAUCGCAACAUCUGAAACGAAAUUGGUGAUAACGUCGUUGAUUUAGAGGAUAAGGAAUACCCGGAGAAGGAAUCUUGACCUAGUUUCCCGUCGGGACGAAUUGUUUCUCUAUCGGGGAAUCGAAACGGCUCGCAGGGUCAGGCCCCCUAGUGUCGUGUUUAUUUACAUGCCACAAAGGCUCGCGGUGAGGGAUCGGGCCUGGAAGCGGAGUUCGUCGUCGGCGCUUUUUCCCUGUGAGCGCUCUCUCUCCCUCCGGCCGCCGAGCUCGCAACGAACUUUCUUCACUGAUCUGACGCCGAAGAAUGCAAGGGAGGGCGCUCUAGCGGGGUCGAAGGAGUAAUGACGACCCCGAUAUGGCGUCUAUUACCCGCGCUUGCCGCGCUGUGGGCGGCCCUGGGCGUGGCAUGGGCGGGCUACGACGAGUACAUGACAUGCGGCAGCGGCAGCGAGCGCUACGGGCGGCAGUUCCGCUUCCACCCUGAGCUGCCCUGCGACCUCACCAAAGAGGCCUGGUGCACCGACCCCGGCAACCAGUACCCGUGGAACUCGGUGCGCAGGUUCGUGUACGAGAACCAGGGCCUGAUGAAGCGCAUGUACGGCAACCAGCGGCACUACAACGUCCUGCGCACGGAGAUCCUCAACGAGAUGUACGACCAGCUGUACGACGAGAUGCCCAAGCGCCAGCACCACAAGUACCGCCGCCGCCGCCCCCGCCCGCCCCCCCGGCCUCCCCCCAGGCUCGCGCUCCGGCAGGUACCAGAAGGCCUCGAGAGCCAACGCCCUCAGGCGGGAGGGCGACAAGGCCAAGGGCGCGCCGCCGCAGGGCAGGGGCAGCCGCCAGAACUCCCGCUCGAUGAAGGUUAUCGCCGAGGCCGAGGUCGCGAGGGCGCCGCCGCCCCGCUCGAGGGUCAAGGUCACCAAGACAGGAGGCCCGUGGGAGCCGGGGACGCCUUUGGACGAGGCUCUCGAGGCCACCUUGGUUCCGCCGGAGUUCAGGGACGAGCUGGAGGAGGAGCUCUGGGCUACCACGCUCGCCGAGCCCGCCACGGACGCCUCGGCCUCCUACUCCUCUUCUUCCUCUUCUUAUUCUUCUUCCUCCUACUCUACGCCCAUUUCCGAUUCGGAGGUUGACAGCACUUACGCGUCCCUGGAUGAG